AUGCAAAGUCUCAUCCGACGGUCACUGGCCGCAAAUAGACUCCUCAGGCAAAGAGUCACAUCACGCCGGUAUGCGACCAAGCCGCCGCCAGAGACCACACCCACUGCACCACCGCAAUCGACUUCUCGGAUCACCCGCCUCGAGAACCGCCUCCCACGCUUCCUCCGCCGAUACGUCGCACCCCUCCGCACCGCACCCCUCUCCCAUAUAACCGCCUUCCUCAUUCUCCACGAACUCACCGCCAUCGUGCCGCUCUUCGGCCUCGCAGCCAUCUUCCACUAUACCAACUGGCUGCCCCCAUACAUCUCCGAGGGGAAAUGGGUUAGCGAAGGGACAGAGAAGUUCGGACGGUGGAUGAAGAAGAAGGGAUGGAUGAGCGAGGAUGAAGGCAAGGGACGGUGGUGGGGACGGGGAGAGACGGGCGUGAGGGUUGUCGUGGAGUUGGCUACUGCGUAUGCGGUUACGAAGGCGUUGUUGCCGAUUCGGUUGGUGGGGAGUGUGUGGGCGACGCCCUGGUUUGCGAGGUGGACUGUGUUGCCCGUGUCGAGGAGGGUUGGGGCGUUGUUUGGGAAGAAGAAGGUGGAUGCUGCUGCGACUGGGGCUGUUGGGGGUGGGGCGGUGCCGAAGGGGAAGUGA